AUGGCAGCCCUCGUGGACAAUCCGCAGAUCAAGCAUGCGGAGCUUCUCCGUCCGCUGCCGUUCUACUUGCAUGCCUACGUCUGGCCCUUUGCCAUUCUGUGGCCCAUCUUCCUGCGAUACUACCUGACUCCGGACCUGUACGAGAAGCACAUUGGCGCUCCGGAGUGGACGUUUGUCUGGUGCGGCACCAUCAUCACCCUGCAGUCCCUCGUCUGGCUGAGCACCCACUGGAGCGUGACUCUGGAUGCGCGCUUCACGGCGAGCAAGGUCAAGGACAUUCAGGAUGCCGAGCUCAUCAAGGUUCUGCCCAUUGCCAACGCCGGCUCCGGCGAGAUCUGCAAGCUGGUGCGCGACAAGGUUGGUGGCAAGACCAACAUUUCGUUCCUCUUCCAGAAGCGUCGUUUCCUCUACAACCCCGAUACCAAGUCCUUCAGCACUCUCGCGUAUCCCAUCGAUGCCGAGCCCAAGCCCACCAUUGGCCAGUUCCAGAUGUCCAAGGGCAUCGACAAGCAAUCCGAGUUGACUCGCAUCGAGCAGCACUAUGGCACAAACACUUUCGACAUCCCCGUCCCGACAUUCACAGAGCUCUUCAAGGAGCACGCUGUUGCGCCCUUCUUCGUCUUCCAGAUCUUCUGUGUUGGCCUGUGGAUGCUCGAUGAAUACUGGUACUACUCGCUCUUCACCCUCUUCAUGCUCGUCGCAUUCGAGAGCACCGUGGUUUGGCAGCGCCAGCGUACCCUCAACGAGUUCCGCGGAAUGAGCAUCAAGCCCUACGAUGUUUGGGUCUACCGCCUGGGCAAGUGGACCGAGAUUCAGAGUGAUGCUCUCCUGCCUGGUGACCUCGUGUCCGUUGGCCGAACCAAGGAAGACAGCGGUGUCGCGUGUGAUAUGCUCCUGGUUGAAGGCACUGCCAUUGUCAACGAGGCCAUGCUUUCCGGAGAGAGCACCCCGUUGCUCAAGGACUCGAUCCAGCUGCGCCCGGCCGAUGCUCUCCUUGAGCCAGAGGGCCUUGACAAGAACGCCUUCCUCUGGGGUGGUACCAAGGUUCUGCAAAUCACCCAUGGAAACGCCGACCAGGAGAGGCCCAAACUGGCCUCGGGUGUCCCUGCUGCUCCUGAUGACGGAGCUCUGGCCAUUGUCAUCAAGACCGGCUUCGAGACUUCUCAGGGUAGCCUGGUCCGAACCAUGAUCUACUCCACCGAACGUGUUUCCGCAAACAACUUCGAGGCCCUUCUGUUCAUCCUCUUUCUCCUCAUCUUCGCGGUGGCUGCCUCGUGGUAUGUCUGGGAUGAAGGUGUUAAGAGGGAUCGCAAGCGCUCCAAGCUCCUGCUGGACUGCGUUUUGAUCGUCACCAGCGUUGUGCCCCCUGAACUGCCUAUGGAGCUGAGUCUCGCGGUCAACACUAGUUUGGCAGCCCUCUCCAAGUUGGCCAUCUUUUGCACGGAGCCUUUCCGUAUUCCGUUCGCCGGACGCGUUGACAUUGCGUGUUUCGACAAGACUGGAACGCUGACCGGCGAGGACCUGGUCGUCGAGGGUAUUGCUGGGCUGGGCCUGAACCAUACCGACGUUGAGGACAAGCGAGAAGGCGACGGUGCGCAUUCUACCAUUAUUGCAGUCAAAGAAGCUAGUCUGGAGACGCAGCUGGUCCUCGCCACCGCUCAUGCCUUGGUUCGACUGGACGAGGGCGACAUUGUGGGAGACCCCAUGGAGAAGGCUACUCUCAGCUCCCUUGGCUGGGGCCUCGGCCGCAACGACAUCCUCUCGAGCACCCCCAAGGCUGGCACUACUCAGGGCAACGUUCACAUCAAGCGCCGCUUCCAGUUCUCCUCGGCCCUCAAGCGUCAGAGCUCCGUCGCGUUUGUCAAUGGUAUUCACACCGGUACCGGCCAGAAGAUCAAGGGCACAUUCGCCGGUGUCAAGGGCGCUCCCGAGACCAUUCAGAAGAUGCUCGUCGAGGUGCCUGCCGAUUACGAGGAGACGUACAAAUACUUCACCCGCAAGGGAUCCCGAGUUCUGGCUUUGGCAUACAAGCAACUCACGGUCGACUCUGAACUGGGCGCUAGCAGGAUCAACGAUCUGAAGCGAGAAAAGGUUGAGGCCGAUCUCACAUUCGCCGGCUUCUUGGUCCUCCACUGCCCUCUCAAGGAAGACGCCAAGGAGGCCGUCCAGAUGCUCAACGAGAGUAGCCACCGCGUGGUCAUGAUCACUGGUGACAACCCCCUGACUGCUGUCCACGUUGCCCGCGAAGUAGAAAUCGUCGAUCGCGAUGUUCUCAUUCUGGAUGCCCCCGAGGAUAACGCUGGCGGCGACGGCCUCGUUUGGAAGAGCGUGGACGACAAAGUCAGCAUCCAUGUUGAUCCUUCGAAGCCCAUCGAUGCCGAGAUUCUCAAGAACAAGGAUAUCUGCGUGACCGGAUACGCUCUGGCCAAGUUCAAGGAUCAGUCUGGAUGGAAAGACCUGCUCCGCCAUACCUGGGUCUAUGCUCGCGUGUCGCCAAAGCAAAAGGAGGACAUUCUCUUGGGUCUCAAGGAUAUGGGCUACUACACUUUGAUGGCUGGUGACGGUACCAACGAUGUCGGAGCCCUGAAACAGGCUCACAUUGGUAUUGCGUUACUCAACGGUACCAAGGAGGACCUGACCCGCAUCGCUGAACAUGCCCGCAACACCAGGCUCAAGGAAAUGUACCAGAAGCAAUGCGAGCUCAUGAAGCGCUUCAACCAGCCUGCGCCCCCGGUUCCCGUCUUGAUUGCCCACCUCUACCCUCCUGGACCUAGCAACCCCCAGUAUCAAAAGGCUGUCGAACGCGAAGCUGCCAGGAAGAAGAUUACGCCCGAGGAAUACAUCAAACAGCAUGGCCACCCUACGGAAACCAUUACGUCGCCCGGUGCUCAGAACCUCAUUGACAGUCGUCAGCAGGCCGUUAACAAGAAGGCGGCCAGUCUGGCUGAUACACUGGCUUCUAGCAUGAUGGAGGCUGAGAUGGGUGAUGAUGAGCCCCCCACGCUGAAGCUGGGCGAUGCGUCCGUCGCCGCGCCCUUUACCUCGAAGCUCCGCGAUGUCAUGGCUAUCCCCAACAUUAUCCGCCAAGGCCGAUGCACUCUCGUCGCUACCAUUCAGAUGUACAAGAUCCUCGCCCUAAAUUGCCUUAUCAGCGCCUACUCCCUGUCUGUCCUAUACCUCGAGGGCAUCAAGUUCGGCGACACGCAGUACACCAUUAGCGGUAUGCUCAUGUCGGUCUGCUUCUUGAGCAUCUCCCGAGCUCGUGUCGUGGAAGGCCUGAGCAAGGAGCGACCCCAGCCCAACAUUUUCAACAUUUACAUCAUCGGAUCCAUUCUGGGACAGUUUGCCGUUCAUAUUGUCACCCUGAUCUAUAUUGCUCGUCUGUGCGACAGAAUCGAACCACGCUCCGGUGACAUUGACUUGGAGGCCGAAUUUGCGCCGUCGUUGCUCAACUCGGCUAUUUACCUGCUGCAGCUGAUCCAACAAAUCUCCACAUUUGCCAUCAACUACCAGGGCCGACCCUUCCGCGAGUCCAUCACCGAGAACCGGGCCAUGUUCUACGGCAUCGUCGGCGUCUCCGGCCUCGCCUUUAUCUGCGCUCUCGAGCUCAUGCCCGAGAUCAACGAGCAGAUGAAGCUGGUGCCCUUCACCGACGAGUUCAAGACCAAGAUGACCACCGUCAUGGUCCUCGACUACGUGCUCUGCUGGGUCAUUGAGGUUGUCCUGAAGAGAUUCUUCAGCGACUACCGCCCGCGCGACAUUGCCGAGCGCCGCCCCGAGCAGCUCAAGCGCGAGAUGGAGCGCAAGAAGGAGAUUGAGAAGAAGAAGGCCGAGCAGGAGGAGAAGGAGAGGCUGGAGAAGGUGGCCGAGUUUGAGAGGAGGGUUGAGGAGCGCAAGAGGAAGAUUGAGGCGUGGGCUACGGGUCGUCAGCAGCCGGCGGCCGCGUCUGGGUCAUGA